AAUCGCGGCGCCUUUUCCUUCCGUGUCGACUCUGGCCAAAAUGGCGGACGCUCAGCCUGUCUGCAGCUUCCUCUUUAAGAAGCGUCGUCCCGCGCCCGGGAGGGGUCAGCGCAAGAGGCCGGGCGGCGACGAGGAGACCGGGAGCAGCAGUGAUGAAGGCAGCACAGUGGUCAGGAAAGAGAGACGCAAGGAAGUUUCAAACCCCAUGAUUCAGAAGACCAAAAAAAGUGUGAAGGACAAUACCUCAUAUGGGCCAACCAGUAGUGAGGACGAGUGUAAGCCUGAAGGAGUUGGAGUUGCAUAUAAAUCUACAAGAUCUGCGAAACCUGUGGGUCCAGAGGACAUGGGAGCAACAGCUAUAUAUGAACUGGACACAGAGAAGGAGAAAGAUGCCCAAGCCAUCUUUGAACGUAGUCAGCAAAUCCAAAAGGAACUCCGAGGAAAGGAAGAUGAUAAGAUUUACCGAGGGAUCAAUAAUUACCAAAAGUAUGUGAAGCCAAAAGAUACAUCCAUGGGGAAUGCCUCUUCAGGCAUGGUAAGGAAGGGACCCAUACGAGCCCCGGAGCAUCUCAGGGCCACUGUGCGGUGGGACUACCAGCCUGACAUCUGUAAAGACUACAAGGAAACUGGGUUUUGUGGCUUUGGAGACAGCUGUAAGUUCCUCCAUGACCGAUCAGACUACAAGCAUGGCUGGCAAAUUGAGCGGGAGCUGGAUGAGGGACGCUAUGGAGUUAAUGAUGAGGAAAACUAUGAGGUAAGCAGUGAUGAAGAGGAAUUGCCCUUCAAGUGUUUCAUCUGCAGAAACUCCUUCAAGAACCCUGUGAUGACCAAGUGCAGGCAUUACUUCUGUGAGAGCUGUGCCCUGCAACAUUAUCGCAAGUCUCAGCGAUGUUAUGUUUGUGACAAGCAAACAAAUGGUGUCUUCAACCCAGCCAAAGAGCUGAUGGCUAAGCUGGAAAAACACAAGGCUGAAGAGGGAACCCCAGAAAAUGUUGAGGAGGCAGUGUAGCAUUACUCUGCUAUCAUGCCCCCAGCCCCUUUACAAAGCUAGUUCUAUAGCUGAAUAAAUAACUUAUAGGAAAA